AUGGUAAAAUUUUUCACUCAGACUUGUCCGACAAGUCCAUGUAGAGUUCAAUCAAGUUCCUUCAGACAGUCCUCACCUUACUGCCUCCACUUUGUCAAAGGACAAUUUGUACCUUAUGUAAUUCAUACCAGAAUGCAAGAAAAACAAAGCCCCGAUAUAGAAGAACCAUUGAGGGAGGAAACCAUAGAGUCAAUAAAAAUGCCAGGUUUCAUUUAUCCUGACCAUAAGUAUGAGGAAGGUUGUUUCACUCAGAAAGCGAAGACUCAAUUUGAGGAACUUAAAAAGAAGAAUGACAACCCGAAAGUGGAGAGCGCGCAGAAGAAGGAAUAG